GAUUUUCUCUCUCGGUUUUCCAGUUUUGGUGAGUGGCUUGGUUGGGAUUCUGGUGAUCGGAUCUCUUGCCGGUGCCGGAAUUUCAUCAUCGUUGAUUGAAUUUACUCUAAAAUCAAUUCCAAUUGUCUAUACGAUUGGUGAUCGGAUGUUCUGGAAAAUUGGAAGUAUGUUUGGCAUUAAUUAUAAAGAUCCACCUGAUCCAGCUAACAAAAAUCUAUAUGAAGAUGAUCUGGAAGCUGAUGUUGGAGCUAAACGAAGAGGAAGAAGAGCUAUGCACAAGGAAUUUUCUCCGUAUUCAAUGAUUAAACCAUUACGAUCAAAAGAAAAAAUGGAAGCUAAAAUUAAUCGGUUAAGGGAAGAAAAGAAGUAUCUGAAUGCGAAAUCUAUUGCUGAUGGAUCGAAAGAAGUUCUUCGAGCUGGAGUACGUGAAAUAAUAAAAUCAAAUUAUGGGAAAGAAAAUAUAGAUCCGCAAUUUAUAAAAUCGGAGUUGGAGGCAUUUGAUAAGGUGAUCGCUAAUCAGAAAAAAUUGAAAGAAGAAAAAGGAUUUGUGUUGCUCCAGGUAACCUCAGAUAUGGUUAAGGGAUAUAAUUCUUCUAAGAAUUUGGUGGGUGGAUCAUCUCCUUCGUCUCCUGUUAUUCAAGCGAACAUGGGAAUGGAUGCUGGAACUGUAGCUGGGUCGAACAAUAGAAUUUCAGCUGGAACAAAAAAUGACAAAGGCAUUUUGGGUGAUGAGCCGAAGAUUACUAAGGACUUCAUUUCCUCGGAAUUAAUGAAGAUGGGUUCGUAUGCUUCAGGCCCUGGUUCGUCUUCUUCAGGUCCUGGUCCAGUAAUUGAAACAAAUGAAGGGAAGGGCAUUUUGGGAAAGUUUCCUGUUUCGCAAGUUGCUUCAGUUAAUUCAGGUAUUCCGGUGGUCUUUAAUGCUAAUCCUAUUGACUCAAUUAGUUGUAAUACUAAUUGUAAUGAUGAAGAUAUGAAAGAUUCUAUUAAUGAGAAUGGGAAUUUGGAAGUUGGUUAUGGUAAUAAUAUGAAGAAAGAACAGGGAGCUAAUUUCUUGAAUAUGGAUUUUUCGAAACCUGUCCUCUCCCCUGCAGCUAAGUUGGUUAAUGAGUUCAAUAAAAAAUCUUAUGCUCGUAUGGUUGAAUCAACAAAUAAUGUGGUGGAUCUUAAUAUCAAAGUUAUUCCAAAAGUUGAUGGGAAACCUAGUGGGAAAGUUGAGUUACCUUAUGCAGAUUUAAUGUUGGGUGGUGCUCCUUAUCAUGCUACUUUGUAUGGAUUUUUUGUGGGGAAAAAGCUUGCUUUCCCAACAUUUGAUUCAAAAGAAGGAAUGAUGAGUGUGCUGGAGGGAGGUCCAUGGUUGAUUAACAAUGUCCCAAUGUUUGUUCAAAGAUGGAGGCCAGGUCUAGUUUUGAGUAAACCGCAAAUUAAUUCAGUUCCUGUAUGGGUUAAAGUGUUUAAUGUUCCUUUGGAGUAUUGGAACAGCAAAGGAAUUACGUUGAUUGCAAAUGAGAUUGGGAAACCAAUUGCUAUGGAUAAAAUCACUCAAAAAAUGUGUAAUGAGCACUGGGGAAGGCCAGCUUUCAUGCGAUUUCUUGUGGAAAUGUCAGCAGAAUCGGAAUGGAUGAAAGAAUUAAGUGUUGUAUCAAUAGAUUUUGGGACAGGAGAGAAAGUUGAAUCAAAGUGCAGGAUAGAGUAUGCAUGGAGACCUGAUAUUUGUAGUCAUUGCAAAAUUUACGGGCAUAAAAAUAACAAUUGUGGGAUUCUAAAUGGAAAAAAGAAUAAUGAUGUUACUGAUGUUGCUGUUGACAGAGAAGAAAAGGAGAGAAAAGAGAAAGUGGAUGAUGAUGGGUUCAUAUUAGUAACAAAGAAAAACAAUAAAGGGCAGAAAUUCAAUACCGGAGUGGUUAUUAAUGAAGAAGGGAAGGUGGAUUUAAUAAAAUCUUUGGAGAAAAGCACCAAGCCUGUUUUUGAUGGAAUGGUUGUUAGCAAUAAUGAUGAAAGUCUUAAGGAUGAGGGUAAUCAAGGAAUGGAAAUAAGCAAAAAAAUUAAAGAACAAGAAAAUAAAAAAGGAGGCCAAAAUGAAGAUCGAAGCAAUGAAGGGGCAGAAAAUCGGAAGAAUGGGGGUAAUUUCUUGAAAUUUGCUGUGGGUAAUCUAAAAAAAGAUGGGAAAGAGAAAGGGGUAUUUCAGUCAAAAGAUGAUAAAAGUGGGAGAAAGAAUGGGACAGGGGUGUUCAUUCCAAAAGAGAAAUUAGGAACAAGAGUGAAGAAUGUAAUUGAAAACUUUAAUGCUAAAAAAGAUGGAAUGCAGGGGAAAAGAGAAGAAAAUCAGAAAAAAGUGUAUGUUCCUAAGAAGCAAGUGGAGUUAAAAGUGAGUUCUAAUUUUGAUAAUUUAGGUUCUACGUCAGGAAAAAUUGAUCAAGAUGAAAUUACAACACAAAACCCAUUUGAUGUUCUUGCUGAUUUGGGUUUAAGAGAUAUGUCUUAUCUUGAUGAGAUGGAUUCGGAGAUUUUAACUGGAGGUGGCCAGGAGAUAAGCACCGAAAAUAAAAUUGGUGAUUAA